UAGAAAUUCAACUUCCGGUCAUGCUGAGAGCGAAAAAAUGGCAUCAUUAGAUCAUUUGAAGUUAUUUCGGAGGUUAUAUAACAUAAGAAGGACAUGCUUACGAACAUAUUCAAGAGAGAGUAGCACUGGAUCCUCAGGUUCAUCUGAUGAGACACAUCAACCUCCAGCUUCAUCUCCUCCAACAUCAGGUGGUGGGCGAAAAAUACCUCUUUCUAAACAAGACCCCCUACCAAUAUUUCUUCAGAGGAAAGUGCAAGAAGUAUUAUUAAAAAUAUCCCGGCUUAGUAUGGAAGAUGCUGUCAGGAUCCGUAAAACAGACCAUCAUCGAAAACCUCGCUAUGAAUUAAUGUCGGAAGUUGAACUUAAACGGAUGGAAGUCUCAGCAAUGGAGAGGGCAAUACAAAUGCUGAAAAUGCCGCCAUAUAUGAAAGCUAAAGAUCAGAGCACAAAAGUUUUGUGUCAUGAUCCAGAGAUUAGCCCUGCACUGACAUCAAAAUGGAUGUUUACCGACAUCUCGGGUGGAGAAGGAAAAAGGGAUAGAGUUGUAGUUGUUCGUGAUACAGAUGGAACACUGAGGACAGCUAAUCCUGAGGAACGAACACGUGCUAAUCAUAUAUACUACCCGAGGGAAGGAGUAUCUGCUGGGAUUCCUAAGAUGUUUGAGAAAGACCAUUUAGCACAUUUGCUGGAAAACGGAUUGACAGAUAUCAUCUAUAUCCUUGACAGAGCAUGUGUCCAGUUUGAGCCAGAUGACCCAGAUUUCAUCAGGGUUACACAGACCAUUUAUGACUACGUAUUGCAGAACCGAUGUUUUAACAAAUUGGCAUCCACACGAUUUUUUGGACCAAUGUCUUUCUACUUCAUUCUAAGAAAGAACAUUAAAUAUUUGCUUGUGGACAUGAUACAACAUGAUUUGUUACUUGAUGCUGUCAGUUUAAUUCACCUAUUCGAAAACAUCCACAAAAACAAGAAAAUACCAGUACCACAAGAUAUAUCUACAGACACAGAAGACCUAUUGAACUUAAUAGAGAAAUACUGUGACACCUACAGUGAACAAAAGUUACAAGACUUGAAGGAAGCAGUAAAAUCAUACCGACAGGCCCUGACAGACGAGGCCAGCAGUCAAGCUUUUGGCAACUAGGGUAGCGCUAUGUAUGGAAUGUGUGCGUGUGAAAGUUACUAAGAGACUGUGAAUAUCUUAUGUGAGAAAUAAAGUAAAUUGUUCAUAUA